AAGGAUGGUGUGUCCAAGCGUGUCGAGUGUGGUAUCACUGGUAUGGAGCAAAAUCAAAAUCAAACUCAAACUGAAGGUUGGUGUCCUGUACAGGAUCCCUGUUCUCUCACGCUGGGGUUUGAUGUCCUGGACGUGUCGGGAGAAAUGAAGAAGGAAGAGACAUUGAUUUCUGAAUUGGCGCUCAAGCAAAUUGAAGGGAGUGGCAGUGUGGUGAAAAAUCAAGUUGCAGUUAAAGGGAUAUCCGGGAAUCACAGCAGGAACGACAUAGUUUGCAACACGAGCAGCAGUGCAGGAGGAAGUCAAUGGUGGAAGGCAGAAGAGACAGAUGAGUUGCAGACUGAUGAGGAAAGUCUGGAGACGUCUGUCUUAAGGCGUUUCACAUUUGAAGAGAUGAAAGUUGCUACUGGGAAUUUCAGGUCAGAUGGAAUAAUUGGCUUGGGAGCCUCUGGUAGCGUUUUCAAGGGUUGGGUUGAUGAGAAGACGCUUGCACCUUCUAAGGUUGGCUCUGGCAUGCCUGUUGCUGUCAAGAAGCUGAAUCCACAAAGUAUGCUAGAUUUUGAAGAUUGGAAGUCAGAGUUGAACUUUCGACGAAGGACUUCUCACCCCAAUCUUGUCAAGCUAUUGGGUUACUGUCGUGAGGAAAAGGAGAUGCUCUUUGUUUAUGAUUUCAUGCCUAAUGGUAGCUUGGAAGAUCAUCUUUUCAGAAGGAGCCCUGGCAUUGAGACACUAUCUUGGAACAACAGACUUGAAAUAGCUUCUGGAGCAGCUCCAUGCCUAGCCUGUAUACAACGUUCUGAGAAACAAAUUAUCCACAGUGACAUUGAUGCUCGUAACAUUUUACUUGAUGCUUCUAAUAUCUUGCUUGAUGGGGCAAGUUCUCAAGCCCCAAAAGAUAUGCUUGAUGAGAGUCAUAAUGCAAGCAUAGUCUCGGAUUAUGACUUGAUGCCCCAUGCAAGCUUGGAGGAUCACCUUUUUGAAAGAAGCCCUGGCAUGGAAUCCCUAUCUUGGAACAGAAGACUGAAUAUAGCUAAUGGAAUAGCUCGAGCCUUAUUACAUUUACACAGUUAUUCACAGAAGCAAGUUGUCCACAAUGACCUUAAGGCAUCUAAUAUCUUGCUUGAUGGGAAUUACAAUGCAAAACUCUCAAACUUUGGAUUAGAAAGACUUGGGCAAACCGGAGAACUGCCACAUCAAUCAACUUGUCCCAUAGGACUUUAUAUUGAUCCAGAGAAAUUGACAACAGGUCACUUCAAUCACAAGAGUGAUGUAUACGGUUUUGGUGUUGUACUUCUUCAAUUGCUAACAGGGCUACAGACCGCAGAUAGAAUUCCUACUAGAAAAUGGCAGAAUCUGGUUGGGCUACAGACCGCAGAUAGAAUUCCUACUAGAAAAUGGCAGAAUCUGGUUGAAUGGGCAAAACCGCUACUCGAGAAUCAAAGACUUUUCAAAACCAUCAUGGACGUGCGGAUAAAGGGCCAAUAUUCCUCCACGGCAGCAUUUGGAGUAGCACAAAUAACUCGAAAAUGCCUAGCAACAGAUCAGGAAAGCCGACCUUCCAUGAAAGAAGUUGUGGAGGAACUGGACCAAAUUCAGGCAUUAGAUGAAAGAAUAGAGCAAGCUAAACCACUAGACCGCCGAUGCCAAGAUUUGUGUCAUCGCUGUAAUAGAGUUUAGGAAAAGAUUAAUUAUAUGUAGUCAAGAUUGUAAUUAUUGUAGGAUUACUUUCCUAAGUUAGCCCGUGUAAAAUAGGGUUAGAUUUGUAUAUAUACCCUCCUUGUAUGAAUAAUAAGAAUGUAGAUAAUUUGUAUAUAAUUAAAUUUUAAUUUACAUAGGGGGAGGAUGAGUUAGUCCC